UCCAGCUAUAUCUGAUCUGAAGAAAUUCCAAAUUCUCGUAAUGACACUAAGCACUGUUGGGAGGUUAGUUUCGGCGUCGUUUGAGAGAAACUUCUUCACUCAUGUAUUCAUCGAUGAAGGUGCCCAUGCUAUUGAACCAGAAUGUAUUAUUCCGAUAACUGGACUACUAGAUGAUCGCAAUGAAAACUGUGGGCAACUGGUGAUAGCUGGUGAUCCAAAACAAUUGGGCCCAAUUCUUAGGUCACAAUUUGCUCGUAAUUUCGGCUUAGAAACUUCUAUUUUGGAGCGAUUGAUGAAUACAAUUCCGGAGUACCAGAGAUGUGACACUUCGGGGUACAAUGAACGCUACGUUACAAAACUUGUUCGCAACUACCGCUCACAUGAUGCUAUUAUUAGUGUACCACGUGACUUGUUUUACGACGGGGAGUUGGAGGCAUGCGGAGACAGAAUGAUUCUUGAUUCUAUGUUGCGUUGGGAUCAUUUGGCUAAAAGAGGCUUUCCGAUUAUAUUUCAUUCGGUAUUUGGUGCUGACGAACGAGAGUCGGGGAGCCCUUCAUUUUUCAACAGGUAUGUUACUUGUGUUACAUCUAAUAGGGAUGAAACAUAUCUUAAGAUUUAGGUUAAAAACAUUUAAACCCGGCCCAAUGGACCUAUAAAUCACCUGAUAUUCAC